AUGCAUUGUGGGCCUCCCGACAUGGUCUGCGAGACGAAGAUCGUGGCUGCGGAGGACCAUGAGGCACUGCCGGGGGCCAAGAAGGACGCGCUGCUCGCCGCCGGCGGAGCCAUGUGGCCCCCGCUACCCGCCGCGCCCGGCCCGGCCGUCGCGCCCCCACCCGCGCCAGGUCCCCAGCCCCACGGAGGCACGGGGGGCGCGGGGCCGCCGGAGGGGCGCGGCGUGUGCAUCCGCGAGUUCCGCGCAGCCGAACAGGAGGCGGCGCGCCGCAUCUUCUACGACGGCAUCUUGGAGCGCAUCCCCAACACGGCUUUCCGCGGCCUGCGGCAGCACCCGCGCACCCAGCUGCUCUACGCCCUGCUGGCGGCCCUCUGCUUUGCUGUGACCCGCUCACUGCUGCUGACGUGCCUGGUGCCAGCCGGGCUCCUGGCCCUGCGCUACUACUACAGCCGAAAGGUGAUUCUGGCCUACCUGGAGUGUGCGCUGCACACGGACAUGGCUGACAUAGAGCAGUACUACAUGAAGCCACCUGGAUCCUGUUUCUGGGUGGCCGUGCUGGAUGGCAAUGUUGUGGGCAUCGUGGCCGCUCGGGCCCACGAAGAGGACAAUACGGUGGAGUUGCUCCGCAUGUCCGUGGACUCACGUUUCCGCGGCAAAGGCAUUGCCAAGGCUCUGGGCCGGAGGGUGCUGGAGUUUGCCAUGCUGCACAACUACUCUGCAGUGGUACUGGGCACCACAGCCGUUAAGGUGGCCGCCCACAAGCUCUAUGAGUCACUGGGCUUCAGACACAUGGGCGCAACUGAUCACUACGUGCUGCCUGGCAUGACCCUCUCGCUGGCCGAGCGCCUCUUCUUCCAGGUCCGCUACCACCGCUACCGCCUGCAGCUACGCGAGGAGUGA